CCACCGAAAGUGCUGACACCAUGUGUACAGGGAAGUGCGCAAAGUGCAUUGGGGUGAUGCUGUACCCUCUGGCACUUGCCUGUAUCGUGUGCAACAUUCUGCUCUUCUUCCCCGACUGGAAAACCGGAUUUGCAGAGCAGGACAUGAAGGGGGAAGAAGACCGGAUCACGAAGGAGGUCAAGUACAUGGGAGGGGUCGUUGGAGGGGGCAUCAUGGUGUUGGUCCCUGCCAUCCACAUCCACCUUACCGGCAAGCAGGGCUGCUGUGCCAACCGCUGUGGGAUGUUCUUGUCCAUUGGGUUUUCCGCCAUGGGGGUUGUGGGCGCCCUCUACAGCUUCAUCGUGUCCAUUCUUGGUCUGGUCAAUGGGCCCACCUGCUUGUACAGAUCUGAAGAGCUUUUGAUCCCGCUGUGGGGGACACCGUUUGCAAACAACAAUGGGAGCUACCUGGCUGACCCAGACUCCUGGAACCGCUGCCUGGUGCCCAAGAACGUGGUGGAGUUCAACGUCAUCCUGUUCUCCAUCCUGCUGGUGGCCAGUGGCCUGGAGCUCCUGCUCUGCAGCUUCCAGAUGGUCAAUGGGCUGUUCGGCUGCAUCUGCGGUACCUGCAACAGCAAGGGGCAGUCAGCAUAACCUCAGCUGCUGUGGUCUGAGCAGAGAACCAAGAUCACUCCAAU